AUGGGAAAGGGGGAGACUAGAGGGAGGGAGAAAAGUGAAAUGGCUAAUAGCCACACCGACUGGAGCCUUAUGACCCCUCCGGCUUCACAACAGGUUGCUAGUGACCCGGACUGUCGGGCCGCGCGCUAUUCAGCGAUUAUUGCACUCUCCCGGGUGGGUACGAGAAGACGUCCCGACAGUCUGGAUACACCCUCUCGCGAAGGCCUUCGCGAGCUUCGGGUAGCAGCAGGGUACGUAAAAACGCUGUAUCACAAACUCUUCGACCCGUCGCAGCGGUCCACCAUGGCCGUUGAUUGGACACUAAGUGGCCCCUUUGCGGUCUUGCGGAUCUGCCCCGGCGGACGGACUAAUCAGUUCGGCGAAUUGAAUACAUUAGCGGUCAACUCCUUUCUACCCUUUCCUCCGGUCACCACAGCACUUGCUUCAGCGCUAAGCUCCUUUGAUCAGAUCAUGGACAGAGCCUCUUCAAUCGAGAAGCGAUGGCCAUGUCUGGGGCUCCGACGACAGGGUGGAACCAUUUUGGUCGGAAAUGAGGGGGCGUGCCCGACGAGAGACACUCGGGCUUCUUUGAGACGGUGUGCCCUAGUCACCUAA